GCCCAUUUCAAUGAGAUUGCGCGUAGGGUGGUACCUUUCAGAAACCAUCAGCUCAGGUUAUCAGACUGCUGAGACGCUCAGGAUAAAUCGGUGUCCCGAUGUUACGGAAUCUGGCAGAAGUGCUGCUUAUGAGCGGGGCAAUCGGGAUCCCAGUAUCCCACGUUUCCAAUGGCGACUCAAUGCACCCAGGAAUCUGUUUUGCAGUUUUUGAUAGAAAGGGGCGGGAGGGUGAAAAACGUGGAGCUGAUCGAUCGAUUCAAAUCCGUGUUCCCCAGCGAUCCAGCGCAGAGGGCGCUGGCCAAGGAGGCAUUUAAAGCCUACGUGGAUAAUGUUGCUUUCGUUAAAGCUGAAAGUGGGGCGAAGUACGUUUGCCUGAGAAAAAAAUACGCGGCCUCGGUGAAGCGCACCGCUGAAGGAGCAGAUGGACAGCGCAAUGGGAAUGAUGGUUCCCAGUCGACUGGAUUCCAUCAGCCUAAUCCCACGUCCAGUUCCGCGGUCCCGGAGAUGCCGAAUGGAACGAAGUGCGGAGCUGACUCUGGCAACGGACAGUCGAUUAAAGAAACACCCAUGGCUUCGAUAGACAGUCCGGGAUCUGUAGAUGAGACUUCACCGUCGAAGAGUACUGCACAUGUAAUUCAGUGGGUCAGCAGCCCUGAGGAGAAUGGAUUGAUGAAAUCAGUAAGUGAAGUUAACAGGGACACAGUGGGGGCAAGGCCUGGGGAAAGCUUGCAUGGAAGUGAGCAUUUUACUUCUGACAUACAUGUAACAGUGAGUGAUUCACCUGCUUUAUCCAUGGACACCAAUAUGAAAGGCUUAAAACUCGACACAUCAUCAUCAUCAUCAUCAUCAUCAGAUAGCGGUACACUGUCAAAUAUACCUGCCUGCGAGUCUGAGGAUAACGCAUCUAAAGGAGGAGCACUUUGCAUGGACGGACCACCCACAGAUGCCCUGUGCGUGCCUGAAGGUGGACAGGGGGAGAACAAGGAGUGCAAAGGUGUGCCACCACCACAAUCCAUGAGCAAAUGGCAAGCCACCCGAGAGUUUCAGCAGAACCAGUUGUUAAAGGAUACCUUGGGUGAUGGGGCAGAUGAAAGGGUCCCAGACUCUGCCGAUGACGGCAACACACCCAAAACCAGCCGGAGGACCUUCAUAGAGCUCAUGAUGAGCAGUUCUCCCCAGGUACGUCGCAGCCUGGCGCUCAGAAAUUCUGGGAACCUCCCGGUCAGGCACAGGGAUGCUUUUUCUGUGAGGAGUGACAGCGACUCUGCCUCCAUUGACGAGGACAGUGGCAGCGCGAUGUUGGAUCCCUUGGAGCACCAAUGGAUGAUGUGCGCAUCUGAUGGGCAGUGGGACAGCCUGAGCCGCCUCCUGACCUGCGAGCCGACCCUGGUGGUGAAGAAGGACUUCGUAACCGGCUUCACUUGUCUGCACUGGGCCGCUAAGCAGGGCAAACAGGAGCUGCUAGCGUUGCUGGUGAACUUUGCGAAACAGCACGACAUUCCUGUGAACAUCAAUGCUCGCUCCAGCGCUGGUUAUACCCCCCUGCACCUGGCCGCUAUGCACAACCACAUAGAGGUGGUGAAGCUACUGGUGGGAGCUUACGAUGCCAAUGUGGAAGCCAGGGACUAUAGCGGCAGAAAGGCAGCCCACUAUCUGGGCAGCUGUGUGUCCGAUGACGUCCGUGACAUCAUCGGGGCGUGUGCCGACUCCGACUGCGAGAGCCCUGAGACUGUAGCCGGUAGGUGGAGGUUCUCCAAAGUUCUCCAGACCAACUUCAAGCUUCUGAAUCACCCAGAGGAAGACACGUGUGACUCUGGGGGCUUUGUGAAGCCUAAGCCUCUCAUCCGGAAGCCUUCUGUCGGCAAAAUGAAACCCAGGCUACAUAAAAUCAAGUACAAGACGCAAAUAGUCCACAGCACUUCCUUCAGAGAGUCUGAGGAAGGAGAUAACGAGUCUACAAGCCCCCUGAAGUCAAGACCAAAAUCAAACCUCUUUGGUUGACGAUGACAAGCUGAAAAUGGAAACGCACUAUAUAGUUUUUUUUCUACCUGUCUGUUAAUGAGUAUACAGCAAACAGGGAGCCAAGGUAAAUUCUGUAAAGCAAGUGAUUUGAUCAUUGUAUUGCUAUCUGUUAAAUUAUGUAUGUCCCUGCAUUAUUACUUUUUCAGUAAUAAAUAGCAGCCAGAAAGGAUUGGUUUAGAUGGUCAAGGGUUGACAGGUAAAUUGCAGGAAAGCUGAUGUUUGGAAUAGAUUCUGGGUGCCUUAGAUUAAUGUACCCAAGAUGCAACUCCAGAUAAUAACAAACUGUGAAUCUUCAGUAUAUUUAUUGUCGCCAGAAAUAGUCUACAUUUGAUUUAAAUGAUACCCACUGAAUGUAAAAUUAGGGUGUUCUUUUAAAACUCAAAUAUUCUAUUAAACUAAGGAACUGCAAUAAUGUAAAUGUUUAGUGUCUAGUUUAAAAUGUAAAUUUGAGAAAUUGUUACUUUUUUUUCUAUAAAACUGUCAUUUUUAAAUUCACCCCUACAUUCAUUUGCUGCAGGUCAUAUGCAGCAAAAUAGAUCGAUAUUUGUAUAAUGAUUUUUCCCUCCAAUUUAAAAUCUUUAAAUUUCUAUGUUUGUAAAAGUUCAGUUUAUUGGAAAUUAAUUAUUGGUUUAAUUAAAACAUUAUUUGGCAGUUAUUGAUCAAGAUGAGAAAAGUAUGAUAAAGUUUAGCUUUAAUUAAUAAGUUGCCUCAUUGACCUUCAUCAACACAUUAAAACUGAAUUGUUAGGGGUUCUGAGCCCAGAAAAUUCAGCUUUUCUAAUUCAGCAUGCUUAUUUGGACUAGGUACUAUUCUACGAAUGUGUGAUUUUAUUUAGUUUCGGUUUAUGCACUAUAACGUCGGGAAAAUGGAAAGAUUUAGGAGGAACCAUCAGUAUUAUUCACUGAUGACUAAUACAUACUUGACUGACUACUAAUGGUAUAAUUGCGACUGAUGAGGUUUUUAUUUACUUGCUUCUUCAUAUAUUUACAGUUUAUGACAUAGUUCUUUUCUGCUGAGGACCUUGCAGAUAACUUGAGUCCUCUUUUGGGCUUUUUUUUCUUCUUUGUGUUCAAGUUAUGAACCAGGAAAGUAUUAAUUUUAGAAGAUCACCAAUGUUGCACAGUGGAAAGGUCUUUUUUUUUCUCCUCUUUGUGUUAUUCUUGCAUGCCUUAGGUGUUGCCUACAGAAAAACACCCUGACAAAACAGGUUCUUGUAAGUGAAGCUGCUGUAUUUCCCAAGUCUGUGUUGUUUUUGAAUGUCUCUACCAGUCAAUAUACAAAGACGGUACUGGAUAAGCAUUUGAAAGAUGAAUAGAUAGAUAGAUGCAUGGAUGAAUAGUAUAUUUUAUUCACUGUCGCUAAAGGCUAAUUGCUAAAAAAUCUUUAGCAAUUAGCUGUGUUUGUGCAAGGUUAACUUAGGACUUGGUAUAUUAUCUGAAUAAUUUCCUGGUGCCUUUUACGUAUCUGGUACCUGUCUGACAUUUGCUUUAUGGGUGGGCGGGUGGGUGGGAUGAUGUUCAGACACUUUUCCAGAAGAGCAAAGUAAGCUAGACUUGCCAGGACUUGCUGCCUGGUGCUGUGUAGUACAGUGUGUUUGCACUGGGGAAAAUGCUGCACACAGCACAUUUACUCCCACACUGUACUUUGUGUGCUGCCAUGUUGGGUUCUUGUGUCAUAGAUAUUUUAAAAGUUCUUUAAUCACAGUAAUUUCUUUGAACACAUUGAGUAUUGGGCCGUUAUUAAAGCAGUUUUCUAACAUCGAUUUAGAUUAUUAACAUUUCGACAGCCUCCUUAUAGCAAAAUCUAUUGGGCUGGAACCCAGAUUUUUACGAUUGCCUUGUUUUACCACUUUAAAGUCAUUAUAUAUUUUGUAAUGUUUGGUACGUAAACCUUUUUUGAUCACAAAUGACCUGAAAUGGGUUUUGUUAGCACAUUUUUAGCACACUUUUUUUCUAAUAAGGGUUGGAGUCCCUGUCAGAAAUAUAGGUUUUCAAACAGUGAGACCCCUACUUGGUGACACUACUUGAUCACCUGACUGAGCAGAAGGAAGGGAUCUGGGGAUUAGGUUGGUACAGUACAAUGUUUGUUAUAAAAUGUUUUCUGUCAAUAGGACCCUCAACCUCUUUGUAUGUAUUUUGUGAGCUACUGUAUGUACUAUUAAGGUGAAAGCAGUCAAUAUGAAACACUAAUGAAUUAAAGAAAUAUCAAUCGCUGUCAAACUUUGCCUAUAAAAAUAAAUUAUAUUGCUUGGUA